AUGGCCCAAGUUACCCAAGCUGCAGAUGCAACCCAAAGACUCUUUCAGGAGCUCAAGUCCAAGAGCGAAGAUACUCGGAAUCGAGCUGCCACCGAGCUGUACGAUAAUAUCAUUGCAGCCUCCCGAGAGCUUCCGCAGGACAAGUUCCUCGACCAUUAUAACAGCAUAAACCAGCGUAUCGCACAACUUAUCGUAACUGGAAAUGAUGCGAAUGAAAAAAUUGGCGGCUUACUCGUUCUCGACCGCUUGAUCGAAUUUGAUGGCGUGGACACCGCACAGAAGACCACUCGAUUUGCUAGCUACUUACGGAGCGCGUUAAGAAGCAAUGACAACUCGGUUUUACUCUUCGCGGCCGGAUGCCUCGGACAUCUGGCCAAGCCAGGCGGCGCGUUGACGGCAGAACUAGUUGAAAGCGAGAUACAGUCUGCGCUAGAAUGGCUGCAGACGGAGCGCCAGGAAAACAGGCGCUUUGCCGCUGUUCUGGUCAUCCAAGAACUCGCUAAGGGGUCUCCAACACUGCUAUACGGGUUUAUUCCGCAAGUUUUUGACCUCAUAUGGGUCGCGUUGCGGGACCCGAAGGUAGUCAUUCGAGAGACCGCCGCAGAGGCUGUCAGCGAAUGCUUCGAAAUAAUUGCGGCUAGAGAUAGCUUGGUUCGGUCACAGUGGUUUUCGAGGAUAUAUGAGGAGUCAUUGUCAGGCCUGCGAUCGAACAACGUGGACUGGAUUCACGGCUCCCUUCUUACGCUUAAAGAGCUACUCUUAAAAGGGGCGAUGUUCAUGAACGAGCAUUAUCAUAACACAUGCGAACUCGUACUGCGGCUGAAGGACCACCGUGACCCCAAGAUUCGCGCUCAGAUUGUGCUUACCAUACCCGUUCUCGCCUCUUACGCCCCCCUCGACUUUACAAAUACAUACCUCCAUAAAUUCAUGAUAUACCUCCAAGCACAGCUGAAACGCGAUAAGGAGAGAAAUACUGCGUUCGUUGCUAUUGGGAAAAUUGCAAGCGCUGUUGGCCAUGCUAUCGGGCAGUUCCUUGAUGGAAUCAUCAUAUAUAUCCGUGAGGGUUUGGCCUUGAAAGCACGAAAUCGUGCUGCUGUUAAUGAAGGGCCAAUGUUCGAGUGCAUCAGCAUGCUCUCCCUCGCCGUUGGACAGACCCUCAGCAAAUACAUGGAAUCAUUGCUUGACCCGAUCUUUGCUUGUGGCCUAAGUAAAUCCCUUACCCAGGCGCUUGUGGAUAUGGCGCACUAUAUCCCACCCAUUAGAGCCACUAUCCAAGAAAAGUUGUUGGACAUGCUUAGUAUUGUCCUAUGUGGAACGCCGUUCAGGCCCCUAGGGUGCCCAGAGAGUCGGCUACCUCCUAUACCUUCUUUUGCAAAGGACUUCGGCUCUUUGCCACAAGACCGAAGCGACAGCGAAAUCGCUCUCGCGUUGCAUACACUUGGCAGCUUUGAUUUCUCAGGUCAUGUUUUGAACGAGUUUGUUCGUGACGUUGCUAUCAAAUUUGUUGAUAACGACAGCCCGGAAAUCCGAAAGGCAUCCGCUUUGACGUGCUGUCAGCUCUUUGUACAUGAUCCAAUUAUUAACCAGACAAGCGCUCACUCGAUCCAGGUCGUUAGCGAGGUCAUCGAUAAACUAUUGUCCGUUGGAGUGGGAGACCCCGACCCCGACAUCCGACGCAACGUGCUAUUCUCUCUUGAUAAGAAAUUCGACCGCCACUUGGCCAAACCAGAAAAUGUUCGAUGUUUGUUCCUUGCGGUUAAUGAUGAGAUGUUCCCAGUACGAGAAGCAGCAAUCAGUAUCAUUGGCCGCCUGUCGAGUGUCAAUCCCGCCUACGUAUUCCCACCUUUGAGGAAGUUGCUCGUCAACUUGUUGACUGGCCUCAGCUUCGCGACGACCUCGCGACAAAAAGAGGAGAGUGCUCAACUGAUCAGUCUCUUCGUAUCGAAUGCCACGAAGCUUAUCCGCUCUUAUGUUGACCCAAUCAUUACAACAUUACUGCCUAAGAUGUCAGACGGAAAUGCUGCAGUAGAAGCCACCACGCUUAAAGCUAUUGGAGAGCUGGCAACCAUAGGCGGCGAGGAUAUGAAACAGUACCUCCCGCAACUCAUGCCAAUCAUCCUGGACUCCCUGCAAGAUCUCUCCUCCCAAGCCAAGAGAGAAGCGGCUUUGAAGACUCUUGGUCAACUAGCGAGUAAUGCCGGAUAUGUCAUCGAACCGUACAAGGAAUACCCGCAGCUUCUCUCUAUUCUCAUCAACAUCAUCAAGACGGAGCAGACUGGAGGUCUACGAAAAGAGACCAUCAAACUCAUUGGAAUAUUAGGCGCCCUCGACCCAUAUAAGGAUCAGCAAAUCAGCGAAACGUCCCCUGAUGUUCACUUUGUCAAUGAAAUCCAAACGGUUUCCGACGUGUCCCUCAUCAUGCAAGGCCUCACCCCCUCCAACGAAGAGUACUAUCCCACCGUUGUCAUCAAUACCCUUCUCCAAAACGUUCUGCGGGAGAGCUCUCUUGCCCAAUAUCAUUCCGCUGUCAUUGAUGCAAUUGUUACGAUGUUCAAAACCCUCGGACUCAAAUGUGUUCCAUUUUUAGGGCAAAUAAUACCCGCAUUUAUAUCCGUCAUCAGGAGCACGCCUAUCAGCCGACUUGAAACAUACUUUAACCAGUUGGCCAUCUUGGUGACAAUUGUUAAACAACAUAUUCGUGCAUUCCUUCCCGAAAUAAUUGAAGUCAUUCGCGACUACUGGGGUUCUCCCUACCCUGUGCAAUGUACGAUACUAUCCUUGGUGGAGGCAGUUGCCAAAUCGUUGGAGGGCGAAUUCAAAAAGUAUCUCGCAGCACUUGUGCCCUUGAUGCUGGACACUAUCGAGAAAGACAACUCCGUCAGACGACAACCUUCUGAGAGAAUCCUUCACACCUUUCUAAUUUUCGGCUCGAGUGCCGAGGAAUAUAUGCAUCGCAUUGUCCCAGCCAUUGUCAAACUCUUCGACAAAACGCAAAAUCCACCCAAUAUCCGAAAAUGCGCCAUUGAAACACUGGCAAAGCUCUCGAGGCAGGUCAACGUAUCCGACUUCUCGUCACUUAUGAUACAUCCAUUGUCCAGGGUUAUAAAUAACGCCGAAAGACCACUCAGACAGACUGCAUUAGAUUGCAUUUGUACGCUCAUAUUUCAACUUGGCCAGGAUUUCAAUAAUUAUGUCCCCCUUAUCAACAAGGUUCUCAAAUUUAACCAGAUUCACCACCACAAUUACCACAUCCUUGUUUCAAAACUACAGAAAGGAGACCCGUUACCGCAGGACCUCAACCCCAAUGAACAUCAUAGCAACCUCGUGGAGGACUCGGCAUUUGCGGAUGUAGGCCAGAAGAAAAUCUUUGUUAACCAGCAACAUCUUAAAAAUGCGUGGGAUGCCACACAAAAGUCUACUCGCGAGGACUGGCAGGAAUGGAUUCGACGUUUCAGUGUCGAGCUCCUCAAAGAGUCCCCGUCUCAUGCCCUUCGUGCCUGUGCAAGUUUAGCUGGUAUCUACCAGCCACUUGCGAAAGAUCUUUUCAACGCUGCUUUUGUUUCCUGCUGGACAGAGUUGUACCAUCAAUACCAGGAGGAGCUGGUUCAUUCAAUCGACUUAGCUCUAACUUCUCAAAAUAUCCCUCCAGAAAUCCUACAAAUACUCCUCAACCUAGCCGAGUUCAUGGAGCACGAUGACAAAGCUCUACCAAUUGAUAUCCGAACCCUUGGUAAAUACGCCGGUAAAUGCCACGCAUUUGCUAAAGCGCUACAUUACAAGGAGUUAGAGUUUGAGCAAGAUCAAAAUUCUAGCGCCGUGGAGGCGCUGAUCAGCAUCAAUAAUCACCUUCAACAAUCCGAUGCCGCAAUCGGUAUUCUCCGCAAAGCUCAAGCAUACCGAGACGUGGAGUUAAAGGAGACAUGGUUUGUGAAGCUUCAACGAUGGGAAGAAGCGUUAGCUGCCUAUAAGAGACGAGAAUUAAUAGAUCCCGAUUCUUUCGAGGUUACCAUGGGAAAGAUGCGAUGUCUUCAUGCGCUUGGAGAAUGGAAAAUGCUUUCAGAUCUUGCACAGGAGAAGUGGAAUCAAGCUUCAAACGAGCAUCGCAAGGCAAUUGCACCACUGGCCGCAGCGGCCGCAUGGGGAAGGGGCCAAUGGGAACUUAUGGAUUCCUACAUCGGAGUUAUGAAAGAUCAAUCACCAGAUCGUUCAUUCUUCGGAGCCAUUCUCUCUCUUCACCGCAACCAAUUUGAGGAGGCAUCGGCGCUCAUUGAAAAGGCCAGAAACGGCUUAGACACCGAACUUUCUGCUUUGUUAGGCGAAUCAUACAACAGAGCUUACAACGUUGUUGUUCGCGUCCAGAUGCUUGCGGAGCUGGAGGAGAUAAUAACAUAUAAGCGCAGCGUGGAUGACCCUGAGAAGCAGGAAGCAAUGAGAAUAACGUGGAAUAAGCGACUUCUGGGCUGCCAACAAAAUGUUGAGGUGUGGCAGCGCAUGCUCAAAGUCAGGGCCCUUGUUAUCACUCCGCGUGAGAAUCUCGAUAUGUGGAUUAAAUUCGUCAACCUUUGCCGUAAAUCAAACCGAAUGGGAUUGGCAGAGCGUUCUCUCAGUGCACUCGAGUCGGUAGAGACAUCUGAGGGUGGCAUCCCGCCUGAAGUGACAUAUGCACGUCUCAAGUUUAACUGGGCGUCAGGACGUCAGGCUGAAGCCCUCCAAGCACUAGAAGAAUUUACUAUCUCACUCACGGAAUCCUACGGGCGAUAUAACUCGAUUCUCGCCACUAAUGACGAGCACAACUCUGCCGAAGGGCCAUCACUAACGAAUGGCAUCACUGACUCUAACCAUGCAGAUGCUGGCUUCUCGAAGCAACAUCUCGGGGAUGCCAAUAAGUUCCGACGGCUCCUGGCGAAGAGCCAUCUCAAGCAAGGUGAAUGGCAGACCGUGUUGCAACGUGGUGACUGGAGAUCUGACGGUGUCCGCGAUGUCCUGAACUCAUACUCUGCAGCCACCCAAUACAAUCGCGAUUCUUACAAGGCGUGGCAUGCAUGGGCUCUGGCGAAUUUCGAAGUUGUUAACUCCUUAACGUCACAACCAGACCGGGACGCUCCCCAACACAUCAUUCUUGAACAUGUUAUGCCCGCAAUACGCGGAUUCUUCCGUUCAAUUGCUCUUCUUUCUUCAAGCACAUUGCAAGAUGCCCUUAGACUACUUACUCUUUGGUUUACCCAUGGCGGCGACGGAGAAGUCAAUGCUGUUGUCGUUGAAGGUUUUUCAACUGUGAGCAUUGACACAUGGCUCGAAGUCACUCCCCAGCUCAUAGCCCGCAUCAAUCAACCCAAUCCCCGAGUUCGUGCCGCGGUGCAUCGUUUAUUAGCGGAGAUGGGCAAAGCGCACCCGCAGGCGCUUGUUUACCCAUUGACUGUCGCAACGAAGUCCAACGUGGUCCGGCGGUCCCAGUCCGCUCUGAGCAUCAUGGACAGCAUGAGAGCGCAUAGCGCACGGUUGGUUGAACAGGCUGAGGUUGUGAGUGGUGAACUGGUGCGUGUUGCGGUAUUAUGGCAUGAACUGUGGUAUGAUGCCUUAGAAGAAGCGUCCAGGCUCUUCUUCACCGACCAUGACGUGGAGGGUAUGUUGUCGACGCUUGCCCCCCUCCAUGAUAUGCUGGAUAAGGGCGCAGAAACCCUGCGUGAAGUAUCCUUUGCUCAAGCCUUCGGUCGGGACUUAGCUGAGGCAAAACACUUCUGCAACUUAUAUCGUGAAACUGGGGAGAUGGGAGAUCUCAACCAAGCGUGGGACCUAUACUACAACGUAUUCCGCAAAAUCUCCCGACAAGUGACACAGAUUAAAUCGCUUGAUCUGAAAUACAUUUCUCCUAAACUCAAGGACGUGGUUGACCUUGAUCUCGCUAUUCCCGGCACAUAUCAAAGCGGUAGGCCCGUUAUCCGAAUUCAGAGUUUCGAUAGCGUUGCAGUGGUGGUUCAAACAAAGAAGAAACCAAGAAAGAUGAUAAUCAGAGGAAGUGAUGGAAGUUCAUACAUGUAUGCGCUCAAGGGUCACGAAGAUAUUCGACAAGACGAGCGAGUUAUGCAGCUGUUCGGUCUGGUCAACACACUUCUAGACAACGACAGCGAAUGUUUCAAACGUCACUUGACGAUUCGAAGGUUCCCUGCAAUCCCACUCUCUCAGAACUCAGGAUUGAUUGGAUGGUGCUACAAUACCGAUACGCUACAUGCGCUCAUCAAAGAAUACCGCGAGAGCCGCCGCAUUCUACUCAAUAUCGAGCACCGGAUUAUGCUUCAGAUGGCACCUGACUAUGAUAACUUAACGCUAAUGCAAAAAGUGGAAGUGUUUGGCUAUGCAAUGGACAAUACUACCGGCAAAGACCUGUACCGCGUGUUAUGGCUGAAGAGUAAGAGCUCUGAAUCAUGGCUUGAUCGACGCACCAAUUACACUCGCUCACUCGGCGUCAUGUCGAUGGUCGGGUAUAUUCUUGGUUUGGGUGAUCGACAUCCUUCAAACUUGCUACUUGAUAGAAUUACCGGGAAGAUAAUACAUAUCGAUUUCGGCGAUUGUUUCGAGAUUGCGAUGCAUCGUGAGAAGUAUCCAGAACGGGUACCCUUCCGGCUGACCCGUAUGCUUACAUUCGCAAUGGAGGUCAGCAACAUCGAGGGUAGUUUCCAUAUCACCUGUGAGGCGGUUAUGCGUGUUAUUCGCGAAAACAAGGAGUCUCUAAUGGCUGUUCUUGAAGCCUUUAUCCAUGACCCAUUGAUCAAUUGGCGUCUUGGUGCCCGCGAAUCACCCGCUCGACUUUCUAUCGUGGAUCGACAUCCGCCCACGGAAGCUAACUUGGGCAACCCUAUUCAGCCGAGUACCUUCUCCCGUCGUCGCCCAUCAAUUCUCGAUGGUGGCAUUCUAGAUGCCCAGCAGGGCAUCCCUAACGAAGGACGUGAAGUGCAGAAUGCCCGAGCCCUUCAAGUGCUUGGAAGAGUCAAGGAGAAGUUGACUGGCCGCGACUUCAGAACGCCUGAGGAACUCAACGUUAGCGACCAGGUCGACAAGCUUCUAGUCCAAGCCACGAGUGUAGAAAACCUGUGCCAGCAUUACAUUGGAUGGUGCAGCUUUUGGUAG